AUGAGUGAGAGCAUAUAUGAUGAAAUAGAGAUCGAUGACUUCACCUUUGAUCCUGUGACUCACUUGUUGCAAUAUCCUUGUCCAUGUGGAGACAAGUUUGCGAUUGCUUUAGAAGACUUGGAAGAUGGUGAAGAUAUUGCUGUUUGCCCCAGUUGUUCCUUGAUGGUUCGGGUUAUUUUUGAUGAGGAUGAUUUGGAGCAAUUCAAAGAGCAAUUGGAAUGA